AUGGCGAAGCCUUUGCAGGUUGAAAUUCACAAUCCCAAUGGAAAAUACAGAGUCAUCAGCACCAAACCCAUGCCUGGGACCCGUUGGAUUAACCUCUUGAUUCAACAAGAUUGUCGUCUCGAAUUGACUGAAGAUUGGGGGGAGACAUUGUUUUCUGCCUUGAGCAAGGCAGGAGGGAAAGCUUUCAGCAAUAUGGCUGUUGGGUACAAUAAUGUUGAUGUGAAUGCUGCUAAUAAGUUUGGUGUUGCUGUUGGGAAUACACCUGGAGUACUCACAGAGACUACAGCUGAGCUGGCAGCUUCACUUUCUUUAGCGGCAGCAAGAAGAAUUGUUGAAGCCGAUGUGUUUAUGAGGGCUGGCUUAUAUGAUGGAUGGCUUCCUCAUCUGUUUGUUGGGAACUUACUCAAAGGACAAACAGUCGGUGUGAUUGGAGCAGGUCGAAUCGGAUCUGCUUAUGCUAGAAUGAUGGUAAUAAAACUUCACACUCUGAGUUUAACUUAUGGACAAUUCUUGAAAGCCAAUGGCGAACAACACGUCACAUGGAAAAGGGCCUCGACAAUGGAGGAGGUACUUCGAGAAGCUGAUGUGGAAGCCAUCCUUGUGAACUGCAGUAGGGGACCUGUAAUCGACGAGGUUGCUCUAGUCGAGCAUUUGAAAGCGAAUCCUAUGUUUCGAGUUGGUCUUGAUGUUUUUGAGGAUGAGCCGUACAUGAAACCCGGGCUUGCAGAUAUGAAGAAUGCUGUUGUUGUGCCUCACAUAGCAUCUGCUUCGAAGUGGACACGUGAAGGAAUGGCAACAUUGGCUGCACUGAAUGUCCUGGGAAAAAUAAAAGGAUAUCCGAUUUGGGCCGACCCUAACCGAGUAGACCCAUUCUUGGAUGAAAAGACUCCUCCACCGGCCGCUUGCCCGAGCAUUGUUAACUUGAAAGCUUUAGGCUUGCCUGUUUCGAAGCUGUAACUGUACAUAUACUUGUUGUGAACUUCUCAUUCUUCUCUCGAGGAAGUUUGAGGAUACACUGAGUCAGCUUAUUGUAAUUUUCCAUUGAUGAGAGACGGUGAAAACUGAAUAUAGUUUGUAUUUACAUCUAUACUUUCUUAUGCUAUUGCAUGAAUGAGAGUCGGUAA